AUGAUCGCUGAUACCACGUACGGGCCUUCCCAGCUCUGGGAUAGUUUCCCGCCCUCCAACGGGCGACUGGCUUCUGGGAAUGUGUUGAAAGGUUUUGAAGGGUUUCUGUCAUCGUCGAAAAGCACUACACUUUUAAAAAGGUCAAGGAAGUUUCAACUGGAAGAUAGGUUUUUUUCGCUAUCCUCUGUAACUUCGCCAGCGGCUGAGGAAGUAGCGGUUGGGCGAGAUGGUGCAGGUAUACCUGCAAAUGGACAGGGGAAACCGAAAAAAGGUAGGGGAGGCCCGAGAGAGGCGAAGAGAUUGCGCCAUUCUAGCGAACCAGACUACGACUAUGAAGAUGACCUUGACAUGAUGUAGUUAUGGCUUGGCUUUGAGAUAGCAAGCUGGUUGGUUUUUGGAGAAAAAUGAGGAUCUUUGUACAACCCUGCUUGCAAUAAUGGUACUCUUUCCCCUAUAUGAUGUACAAAUUUCACUCUCAGAGUGCCAUGAUUUAAAAUGCCAGCCUCUAUAAACUAACUUCGGUCUUGUAUCUUCUUAAUCGAACUCGACUCAAGUGAUAAGAGUUUGAGUUGUUUAAGUAU